AUGCUGAGCAGAACUGAGCACAGAGGCGUGUGCAAGCUCUUAUCAUCGGUGAUGUCUGGAACAGAGUCUCACACAGACAGGGAGGAGGACUACAAGUUCCUCCACAGUAUGCUGAUGGAGAAGAAGGUUCACCUGCUCUUCAAGAUCCACGAGCGGCUGAAGCGUUUUGAGAAGCGAGGCCCCGUCCCCGUCCUGGAGCGCGCGGCCUGCCUGGCCUCAGACUUGGCGGACGAGCUGAUAGAGGACAGCUGGAAGGAUAAGGCCAAAGAGCUGGUGGUCAUGUUGUCCAAGCCCCACUUCAAGAGUCUGCUGAGUGUCCACGAUGCCGUAGCUCAAAGAGACUUUGAACCAGCUCUCCCGGCCAUAACCGACGAGGCCCUGGAGGAAGAGGGGGACUCCGUUAAGAUCGUCAGUCUGGUCAAAACCAAAGAUCCCCUGGGGGCAACAAUCAAGAGAGACAAAUCCACAGGGGCUAUUGUCGUGGCAAGGAUCAUGAGAGGGGGUGCGGCGGACAAAAGCGGCCUGAUUCACGAGGGAGAUGAGCUGAGGGAGGUCAACGGCGUUCCAUUGGAGCACAGGAAGCCAAAAGAAAUCCUUCCUCUCCUGGCUUGCUCCGAUGGCGAGAUCAAAUUUAAAAUCGUACCCAGGAGCUCUAAGGAGGACGCGUCUCCGGAAAAGACAAAGUUGUUGGUGCGGGCCCUGUUCGACUACGACCCCGGCCAGGACCCCGCCGCCCCCUGCAAGGAGGCCGCGCUGGCCUUCAAGAGGGGCGACGUCCUGCAGGUGGUCAGCACGGAGGACGAGGUCUGGUGGCAGGCCCGUCGCCACGGAGACGGGGGCGGCCGGGCGGGGCUCAUCCCCUCCAGGCAGCUGCACGAGAGGAGAGUGGCAUUACAGCGACCCAGAGCCCUCUUCCAGCCCCGACCGGUCAAGCCACCAGUCCCGGAGGACGUAGAUUACGGCGCAAUAACGGGGAUCCACAUCGCUGGCCUGAGGAGAAGUUUCCGCCUGGGCAGAAAAAGCAGCAGGGCCAGGAGAGCUGCCCGGUGCCGGAGGUGGAGCGCCGAGGUGCACGGUACCAUCCGCCCCCCGACCUACAUGGAAGUGAUUCCCUACCGCCGGAAGCCAAAGGACCGACACCGUCUGGUGGUCCUGGUUGGGCCCGGCGGCGUUGGCGUGAGCGAACUGAUGAGGAGGCUGGCCAUCUCGGACCCCGACCGCUAUGGCGUCAGUGUACCGUACACAACACGUGAGAAGAGGCAGCAGGAGACCGAAGGGGUGGAUUAUCAUUUUGUACCCGUUCAUACAUUCGAAGAGCACAUUUUGAACCACAGAUUUGUAGAGUACGGGCGUUACAGAGGUCACUAUUAUGGAACAAGUCUGGACUCCGUGCGCAGGGUGAUGGCUAAGGACAAGGUGUGCCUCCUGGACCUGCACCCCAGCAAAAUAAAGCACGUGUACACGAAUGAAUUCAAGCCGUACGUGGUGUUCGUGAAGCCGCCGCCCUUCGAGGAGCUGCGGCUCACCAGGCGGAGGGCCAAGUUCGUGUGCGACGGGGAGGACGCCGGCCAGGCCAGGACCUUCUCGGAGGAGGAUUUGAGGAGCAUGAUCGAUCUGGCAGAAAGCAUGGAGAGCCAGUACAGUCGCGUGUUUGACCGGGUGAUCGUCAACGGGGACAUCGCCGCCGCUUUCAGAGAUCUGAAGGCCGACCUCGAGAGGAUCCAGGAGGCAGCGGUCCAGUGGGUUCCCGCAGAGUGGGUCAGCAGCUCGCCCGGAAAAGAGUGGAGAAGCUGCAGCCAUCUGACCGGCUGGAUCUGA